CCGACAACUUUGCUCCCGUACUGUAGAAAGCGCUGCCGCUUUUAAGACCCCUCUCUUUUUUUUUGGGGGGGGGGAGGCGGCCCCGCUCAUCACUUCGCUCCGGAGUCAGCAUCCGGCGCACUCGUCGUUGAUGGGCUUUCACGUUUGCACACUGCGAUUUUGCUUGAAGAUGAAGAGAGGGCGAUGGCCGGAAUCCAAUGCCGGGCAAGAUGCAGCUCACAGCUAAGCUUGUGUCAUGCAGCUUUGCAGAUUCCGCACCGUAGGUAGAUAGCUCAGCUCAACUCUACUUAUACAUCCAUCCACGGAGCUAUAUAGAAUGAACAAGUCAGGCUGAAGGUCUCCAAGGCCUCACCUCCAUGAGCAACGUGUAUUACAGCACCCAAAGCUUCAUUAACCCUCAAAACGCACUCAUGGCGCCUCUCAACGUCAAUUUCGCCUGUGCGCUCUACGACCGCAUGGUGCCGCUGGCCAGCGGCGAAGUGCCCACGCCCGGCCUCAACGUCAACUUUGUCGAGGUCCAGCACCCGCGCGACAUCUUCGACCGCAUGGUGGCCAACAAGGAGUUUGACGUCUCAGAGCUGUCGGCGUCCGAAUACAUCACCCGCCACGUCGCCGGCGACCGCAGCUUCGUCGCCAUCCCCGUCUUUGCGUCGCGCGUCUUCCGCCACUCCUUCAUCUGCGUCAACACAAACAUUGUCAAGAAGCCAGAGGACCUCAACGGCAAGCGCAUCGGCGUGCAGCUGUACCACAUGACUGCGGCGGUGUACAUCCGCGGCAUUCUGCAGCACGAGUACGGCGUUGACUUGUCGACGAUUGAGUGGGUGCAGGGCAAGAUGGAGACGCCUGGGUCGCACGGCCAGCCGGCGGUGCUGUCGCUGCUGAAGCCGGUGAAUAUCACGAACAAUACAGAUCCGACCAAGUCGCUGUCAGAUCUAUUAGAGUCGGGUGAAGUGGCUGCUACGAUUGGCGCCGAUAUUCCUGCAUGCCUGAACCGUGUUCCGCAUGUGCAGAGGCUGUUCCCCAACUUCAAGGAUGUCGAGAGCGACUACUACAAGCGCACGGGGAUAUUCCCCAUUAUGCACUUGGUUGCUUUCCGCCGCGAGUUCUACGAGGCAAACAAGUUUGUCGCCUCGGCGUUAUUCAACGUGCUCGAAGAGAGCAAGGAGAUUGCACGUAAGCGGAUGGAGUCGCUUGGUGCGUUGAGAUACAUGCUGCCUUGGCUGGGGCGAGACUUGGUGGAAAUCCAGGAGACGUUUGGCGGAGACUGCUGGCCGUAUGGUCUGGAGGAGAACCGCAAGACGCUGGAGGCGGUUGUGCAGUUUCUCUAUGAGCAGAACAUGAUUGAGCGGACGGUGCCUAUUGAGGAACUGUUUGCUCCUGUGAGACGAAUCAAUUUUCGGAUUGGAUAAAUAGGCUGGCGUUGAGGAAGCUGAUUAAAUUGUAUUGUUUAUGAUAGACCAAGCGUGAGUCUCGGCCUUGGGUUUGCUUGCGAUGCUUCUGCGGGCUGUUUGCACAGUAGACUACAUAGGCACGCU